CUCGAGCGUUUGAACUAAUUUGUCAUAAAAAAAAGAAUUUACAACAAAUAGAACACGCCGUAAACAUUUUUCAGAAAAGUACUUCUUGAUUUUUACGACGAAGAUAAUUACAAUUCCUAAAUUGCUGGUCAAUUAUUGACUAAAUAAAAUUGAUAUAUUGUUAUAAAUUGUGGGCGAACCGUACCUAUGCAAAGGGACGUUUAAAAUGGCUCAUUUGCAAUACAUUCCGGGCGAUCCUCGUUUGGUGGAUCAACUGGUUUAUGAACUGAAGUCAAAAGGAAUCUUCGAUCAGUUCCGUAAGGACUGCAUCGCUGAUGUGGACACAAGGCCAGCGUAUCAAAAUCUCCGGCAGCGCGUUGAGAAUUCAGUCUCAACAUUCCUGGCACGACAGUGCUGGAAACCGGACUUGAACAAGAAUCAGCUUCGUGAAAAACUCAGAAAACAUAUUUUAGACGGAAACUAUCUGGAGCAAGGUGUCGAAAGAAUCGUGGAUCAGGUGGUGAACCCCAAAGUUGCGACAGUCUUCAUCCCUCAAGUAGAAGACCUCGUCUACAAUUACCUUGGGAUCACCAGGAAGAAGACCACGCCUGUUGCGGAAACAUCAAACGGAAAAGUCACCGAUAAUGAUCUUCUACCCACAGACCUGGAGGCGGUCAGUCCAGCAUCGGUCAAAAGUAACGACGACAAAACUGAAGCCAUGGAAACUUCACACGCUGAUCAGGACAACAAAAUGGAUGUCGAUUUUGACAAACUAAAAGAUGAAAAAGACCACUCAAAUGACGUCGACGUUGGAAAAACAGAUGACACCCGAUUAUCUGGUAUAAGCGAGUUAACUUCAAAUGAUUCUAUGGCUAGCAUGGAUAAGAGUUCCAUUCCUUUGCCCAGCGAAGAAAUAAAAUUAGAAAAUAUACCUGCACCGGACAACAGUCCUCCGAAAAUAACAAAAAUUGAGGUGGAAUUAGAGAAGAUUGAGUUGCCUGAAGAGCCUGAUCUAUCAAGAGACAUACCAUUACCCAAUGAGACUCCUAAAUCAGAGAAGGAAGUUUAUUUUAAGCCUGUCAACACUGACGAUGAUGAUUCUAGUUCUGAUUCGUCGUUGCGUAGAAACAUGUCUCCUUUGACUCCAAUUAGAAAUUUCAAUAAUGAAAACUCUUGUGACGCGCAGCAAGCGUUUGAAAACGAAGACAGCAAAGACGAUAAAAAAGAUGCAUUAGAGCCAAGUACCUUUAGAUUCACAAUUGAGAAGACAGAAAACAGUUCUGAUGCUGUGAAAAUGGAAAAGAACGAAACGGAACAAGCAAAUCUAUCAUACCAGUUCACUAAUCAAAUGAAUAUCAACACGUUCAACACACCGAUGUAUGACGACAGUUCAAAUAGCACCCACUUGCAAAUCGAUUACGAAAGUGACGCGAACAGCAAAACUAAUGUCGAAAACAAAGUACCUGAACCAGAUCACAAUUCUGGGGAUUCUAGAAAAGAUAAAAAGACAGAGGAAAGGAAAAGUAGUCAUAAAAGUUCACACCGCGAUUCUCAUAGACAUUCUAGCAGCAAAGAUAGGCGAUCAGAUUCUAAGCAAUCCAGCUCUAAAGACAGCAGAAGUGAUAGGAAAUCUUCAAAAGAUGAUCGCAGGUCCUCGAGCAAGUCUAACACAAAAGAAAAGUCUAGUGAGCGAGACAAAAAAGAUGAGAAAAAAGACAGAGAUUCCUCCAAACACAGAAGCUCACAUAAAAGUUCCAGUUCUAAUAGUCAUAAAGAUUCAAAAUCCCAUAGGAGUUCCAGCUCCAGUCAAAGACAUUCUAGCUCGAGCAAGCACGAUGAGAAGCGAUCAUCGUCCUCCAGCCAUAGAGAUAAGUCGGAUAGAAGUUCGGAUAAAUAUUCCAAAGACAAAUCCUCUAAAGAAUCUAGAUCCAGUUCCAAUUCUACUCGUGAUAAAGAUAGAAAGAGUGGUAGCAGCAGCAAAAGCAAAAGCGAAGAUAAAGACAGACAAAAGAAGGAUAAAAAAGACGCAGACGAUCAUUAUAGCGCGUCAGGUCGGGGAAACCACACUCGCAGAUCGACGGACAGAGACUCAAAUGACGGCAGCUCAUCGUCUAAAGGGUCACAUCACCCCACAGGUUCAAAGUCCACAGAAAACAAAAAAGAAACCAAAAGUUCUACUUCUAAAUCUGAUAACACUUCGACUAGUGGUGAAUCAACCAGCCCCAGUGAUAAAGACAGUGUCACUGACAAAAGUAAGAAUGAAUCAAAAGGCAAAAAUAAAAACGCACCUCAAGUGAAACCGAUUGUGAGAAUUGAGAAUCAUCUAGAAACGCCUAUAUCGUCGCCUCCGCGACUUCCGUUCGUCCCAGAUGUUACGCUAAAAAAGCCGAAAUUCGCUGCUAACAUGCAAGAAGCUAGGAAACUAAUGAAAAUGCGUAAAUUCUUGGAUGACGAACAGAAAAGAAUGAACCAAGAGGCGGCUUUGCUUCUAGAAUUCCAAGCCAAUGUUCGACCGAGUUUGAGUCAAGUUUACUCAAGUAUUCCCGGUCCUGAGUUGGAGUUUGCUUGCGUCACGAGUAAUCAGAGGGAAAUGAUAAUUUCCGACAGCCAAAUACACUCUGAGACAGCCAAUUCAAAUAUUGUUGAGAGCAGUGAAUCUAGGAGCGAUACUAUCAGCGACAUAUUGACAGCGGCAGAACAAGUUGAGAACAUAGAAGUUAGUAAUGUUGAGGAUCAAGUAAAUUCAGAAAAUGCACCUGCCGAAACUGAAUCAAUUGUCGUUGAAGGUGAAAUUGAUGACGAAGCUAAUCAAAAUGCUGAUACCGCUACGGUCCAAAUAGAAAAUAUAAUAGAAACCGACAUAAAUGCGUGUGAAAUGGAGGUGGAUGUGAGUAUUGAUGACAAUAAAAUAGAAAUUAUUGAUAACGAGUCCACGAAAUCAGAGAUAAGAGAGUCUGAAUCUAAUCAUACCAAUAAAGUAGAACUUGAAAUCGAUAGUGGCGGUGACGACAUCGAAGCACAACUACAAAGCUUGAUGCCUGACGAUGAUGUAGGCCCUGAGUACCUCACAGUCACCAUCAUUGCUGAAGAACUAUCCGAAACUGAAGAAACCAAUGCUGAACCAGUUACACCUAAAAUAAAUCUCAAACCUGAACCAGAAGAAAAAAUUUGCCCUGAUGAGCCCGAAUUCAAAUAUUUUGCUGAACACGAGAAAUACAACUCAGAACUAGAAAGAGAUACAUUUAGCAAAUUCCUGAAAACCUUCAUUGAAAAAUCGAGCACAGACAAAAUACAUGUGAUCAACUGUGAAGGUUAUGUGGAGAAUAUCCUAAAGGAGGUGUCACAAAACUUUGGACAGUUCGAAAUUGUGAACUACCACAAGAACGGCCAUUUGAAGCUCAAUACUGCCAAGAAUAUUGUGAGGAAUGUGAAUGUGUCGUCCGAAAUAACGCUGCCUAUAGACAAAGUUGGCCGAAAAAAUAUUUCUCCGAUGUUCAGCCCAGUAAAAUCGGAGUGCUCUUUCGAAUUGUCAAGCGAUUACGAUGCAAAAUUAGAGGAGAUGGUUAGCAAGACUUCUCGGAAAGAAAUAAUGGAAAUCAUACUUGGCAACGUGAUAGAUGAUCCAGCCAGUGAUUCUAGUUUGGAGUUGCCUACAAUAGAUUACUGCAUGGACUCCAAUAUAGAGAGUGACACGGAGAAUACAAUGAAAAGGAAGUUUUGUGAGGUGGAGAGCAGUGUGAAUAACAAUAGACAGGUGCUGACGCCGAAUAAAAUAAGGAAAUUGAGCGGAUCCGAUCAGAUUUCGUCCACUACUGAAGAGAGCGAAGAAACAAGCAACAACAAUGUCUCAAACACUAUGAGGUCGAAGUACUUGGGACGUGCCAAGAGAGUCGGGCUGCCCAGGCCUCGGAGAUCAAACCUGCCCAACAGUCCGUCUAGCGACAAGUCGGUGGAGAACUACGAACAGAACACAGCCACGCCUAACGGACGGGUGAAGCCUCGCAAAGUUCAGAGGUACGACACCUCGGACUUGUAUAAACCGAAGCUGCAUUACUUGUCGCGGCGGAACAAUAUCAGCUAGAUUGUGGGAAUAUACUUCCCACCAUAUUUUUGGUUGUGGGAAUAUACUUCCCACCACAUUUUGCCGGUGGGAAUAUACUUCCCACCAUAGAUUAACCGUAUUUCCUUGUCUUGAGAUCCAAAAACAAUUUUUUUUGAACUUACUAUACUAUGCCCGGUUAGCAUAACGGCUGGAGAUUAUAAAUAAUUCCUUGAAUAAAGACUGCCUGUGCAAUUUAGUGAUAAGGAGAUAUGCGGAGCGACCGUUCCGCUGCCUUACUCUACUUCAUUGGCUGGCUUCAUUGAAUAUGCACGCGUGUGUUAUUUAUAAAUGACUUAAAAUCUAAUUUGGAAGUUGUCUUAUCUACACUCGCGAGCAAAACUAUGGAAUCACUUACAUGAAGUUGUUUCCACGCGAUCUUGUGUACUAACGAAUU